AUGUUUUUGAUCCCAAGAUACAAUAACGCCCCUCCUCUUCCAUUUGAUGUGCUCCAAGAAAUAGCGCAGUACUGCGACAAGAGCACUCUUGAGGCAUAUUGCUCUGCAAGCCAUCACUUGCGCGAGGCCAUUGCACCGUGCCUCUUCAAGGCGUCAAAAAUCAGAUUCGGAGUCAGCGUUGCCAGACGCAUCACCGAGGAUGUGUCCGACACACACAACUACCAAGCAUGGGCCAGCAAACUGACAGAGCAGUUCGAACAGCUUUCAGCGAGCAGGUACGCAAAGUACAUCCGGACGCUGUCCUACACCGGCGUCACGUCGUUUUCCCGGUAUCCCGAGGGUUGUAAUCUCGAUGAUGAGGGGAUACGGCGGUGGCAGGCGGCGCACCAUAAAGUCACAUGGCCGGUUUUGACAAGGACCCUCGGUCGAUUUGCACAGUUGAAAGAGCUGUCGUUGAGUUAUGUUGAGAUUGACGAUCGGUUUGUUAUUGUCUUGGGCACGUUGCAUAAUCUCCAAGAUCUCACGCUCGACAGUGUUAUAUUCUCCUGCUCGAUGGAUCUUGCUAUGCAUCACAAUGUCCGCCCAUCAAGAGAUAUAACCUAUUGGCCGAUAUUCGACCCCGAUGGUUUGGAUAGCAAGAAUGCUGAUAUCAGGGCCAUGUUCUUCGCAGGUGCAUGCAGCAAGAUUAAAUCGCUGCAAAUAGAAGUAUAUGGAAAAGACGCUAUGCAAGAUGAGCUCUACCGCAUUCUCAGCACUUGUCCACUUACCGAGGAGUUAUCGGUCGUUGUGAUGGAAGAUGGCAGUGAAAAAACCGCAAUGGCCGACAGACCGACAGCGGGGCUGGAUCCCGCCGCUCUACCCAUGCUAUGGAGCUAUUACGGCCCAGAUUUCUAUACACCAGCGAUAAUCAAAGGGAGGCCGGUGCAUAAAAUUCACCUGUACCCAAGCCCCUCCGACCUCGAUGAAACCAAUAUCACUGACUGGUUCAAAGACACCUUUUCAGGAACCACUGUGCCUGUUAAAUCAUUCAGCGUGAAACGCUUUCCAGAUAUGUUGGUCGACGAUCUUCUGAGGGUCAUACCUACAACUCUGCCAAGUCUUGAGGAAUUGGUAGUAGAUGUUGCAGGAUCUUUUGAUGAUGAAGAACUCGAUUGUCUUGUGGAUGACCUGAGCACAGGAGUGUGUGCUAUACCAGCCUCACUGAAGAGCUUGUCAUUGCAAUGGAACUACGAGGACGCUGACAUAACCUACCAGGAGUUGUUGGAAGGCGUACAAAAAAUAUUGGCUAUGCCGGAAAAGUUGAAAAAUCUAGAGUCUCUGAAUAUUGCAAGCUUUAAACGGAUCGACACACUUCGAAGUUCGUUGCCCGUGGCGGCAUCGGACAUUGAAAAACUGAUUUGUAAGAAAUAG